CCAAAAGAAACUCUGUAGCCAAAACCUAGGCAAGCCUUAACUUUGAAGUCUUUCACUUUUGUUUGUGUCUUUAUGACUUACUAUUCGUUUCCACCACCGGCAACCUGCUAAACCCAGCUACUCCCUUAACGCUCAUACUCCUUUCCAAUACGCUUCCCGGUCACUUACCGGUUACCAAUCCCUUAAAGCCAAACACAAAAACCACAAAGAGAAAAAGAAAGUAAAAAAAAAAAACAAACCCUUUUCUUUUCUCUCUCUCUUAUUCAGAAAUGGCUUGGCACAAGCUUGGCACAGCACUCAUCGUAGUGUUUGCAGUCACUCUUGUAGCUCUACUCGCCGAGCUUUUCUGCGUGCUCCAUCGCCGGAGAAGAUUCCGGCGACAAAACCUCGCCGGAAAUUCGUUCUACAGCCCCUCCACCAAAGAACUCCUCUACUUUUUCUGCUGGAAAAACCAGUCUCGCAUCGAACCCCAGGGAACCCCACCUCCUCCUCCUCCUCCUCCUCCUCCUCUUCCUAAUGCUUCGCCUCCGCCACAAAGCGAUGAAACGACGGAGGCCGAUGACGUUUUGAAGUGGCAAGAACUGUACGGGUCGUCGAGGGUCUUGUUCACGAUAAAGGAGGAAGAUAGAGAAGGUGUGGACUCUGAGAAUUGUUCUUCUUCUGAGAAAGCCGUUUCUACAAUGAAGGAAAAGCGCGCUGGGGUUGACACGAAGUCGUUUCAAGCUGCGGUGAUGAUUGAGGUUGUUGAUGAGGAAGCAACGACGCCGUUUUCGACUCCUUGUGCUUCGCCACCUUACUACACUCCUUUGGCUUCUCCAGAUCGUGGUGAGUCGGACAUGGUGCCCUUUGUUAGCAUAGUUAUGUAAACGGCGACGUUUUAAUACUUUUUGGUAUACUUUGGCCAAUGGAACUUGUUGAACAGUUUUGUAAAGUAAAUUCAAUUCGUAAGUAGAAGAAGAAGAAGGAAAAAAGAAAAAAAAAAAGUAGUGCCUUUUCAGAUGUAUUCGUAGGCCAUAGAAAUCAGAAAUGGCUUUCAUUUCUCAUUUCUCUAUUGGUUCAUUUCUCUGUUACUGUUGAUUACUUGAUUUGAAUCGUCGCAAUACGCCUCGGUAGUCUCUAUUAAAUUGGAUUUUGACUGGUUAAGAAUUGAUAAUGAAUUUUACUUUUAUAUGCCGGGUAUACAUUAAUAAAGUGACUAAUUUUUAAUUUCA